AUGUCUCAUCCUACGCCACUUAUACGCUUGUCAAAUAUGGCUGGCAAGAAAGGUCUUUCAGAUCUCCACAUACCCACUAUCACAGACGAUGCCCAAGAUGUUAUUGGCCGAAUUCGUCUCCAGAAAGAUGACCGUGCAGUUCACAGUCAGUGGAUGGAUAAACAGAGAAACAAUUUGCAGGCAUAUGAAUAUCUCUGUCACAUUGGCGAAGCUAAAGAGUGGAUCGAAGAUUGUCUUGAAUAUGAAAUCGAACCUAUUACUAAACUAGAAGAGUCUAUGCGUAACGGUGUAGUACUUGCCAAGCUAGCAGAUUAUUUUGCACCUGGAGUAGUACGAAAGAUCUUUAUUGAUGACAAGCUUCAAUUCAAGCAUUCAGACAACAUCAACUUUUUUUUUGCUGCCCUGAGGGUCGUCCGUCUCCCUCAAAUCUUUUGGUUUGAACUGACAGACCUAUAUGACAAGAAGAACAUUCCAAAAGUGAUCUACUGUAUACAUGCACUCAGCCAUUUGUUGGCUAGGCGCAACAUGGCUCCUAACAUCAAGAAUCUUUUGGGCCAGCUCCAGUUCACAAAUGAAGAAUUGACUGCAACACAGCGCGGGCUUGAUAUAGCCGGUGUUGCGAUGCCAAACUUUAUGAAUAUUGGAUCUUCACUUUGUAAAGAACUAGAAGAAGAUUUUGAUGAUGUAAAUAGCAAUUACCAUCUCCAACAGAUGGAUAUAAUCACAUACUACUUGGAAGAUAGUAUGUCGGAUCCCUCAACACCGGAUCUUGUAAUCGAAGGAGAGGGAGAAUAUGAUUCAGAUGACACCACCCCUAUGAGCAGUGAAGAUCGGUUCGAGAAGUACUGGAACAGCCCUAAUAUAAUGCGCGAUUUAUUGAAGUGUCAGAGUUACGUGCGUACUUGGUUAGAGCGCAGAAAAUUUCAAACCACUCAGAAGGAACACCGCUCAAAUUUCUUCAUUACUCAAAUCACUAAUGUCCAGGCUUGCGUUCGAGGAAACAUGAGUCGACGUGAUAUGAGCGAAAAGCGCAAAGCAUUUGAAUCUUCAAAAGAAUGGAUCACUCUGGUUCAGGCAGCUUGUCGGGGCACUAUCAUACGCAAGAAGAAAAAGAGUUUGAUGGAAUAUUAUCUCUCCAAUAUUUCUAGUAUAAUCACUGCCCAAAAUAUAAUCAGAAAAAGACAAAAAGGAAAUGCCUAUCACCGGCUUAACGUGGAUAGGAACCCUUCAGUUGGCACAGUUAAGCGAUUUGUGCACAUGCUAGUUGAUGGUGAUCUUGACUUUGAGAGCGAGCAAGAAAUCGAGGAUCUACAGCAGCAAAUCAUUGAGCAUAUUCGGGAAAACAAAAAAUUAGAUGAACACGUUAACAUGGUAGACGUUCAUAUUUCUCUGUUUUUGAAGAACGUUAUUACAAUCGAGGACGCUAUGAAAUGCUCAGGAAUAUUCAAAAAAAAGAAAGAGAAGAAGAGAUUAAGUGAAAUGGUGGCAAAAAACAACUCUAUCAACCUUCAUUCAUUGUCUACUUAUGAUAAGCCUAGCAGAGAUCGACUCAUUGUGUACCAACAGUUUGUAUACUGUCUCCAAACAGAACCAAAAUACUUGGCACGAUUGUUACAAAUGACAAAUCGCGGCAUGUUAGGAAGCUUUAGUGAUAAUAAGAUUAUCGAAAAUACUGUCUUGACUCUGUUUGGUUACGGAACGACUUCUCGAGAAGAAUAUUUGCUGCUGAAUCUCUGCAAGGCAAGUAUUAUAAAACUCGGGCCCUUUAAUUCUGGUUUAAUAAGUUAUUGCAUUAAGGAAGAGAUAAAGCAAGUGAGAAGCCCGCAAGAGUUUAUGCGUGGGAAUUAUACCUUUAUGCGACUUAUUGUUCAGACAAAUAGAGGUGCCAAGGAAAGACACUUUUUCCGCAAUCUGUUAAGUCCGCUCGUUGAAAGUAUUAUUUCUAAUCAAUUUAUUGAUUUGGAGACAAAUCCGGUAAAGAUCUACCAAAAAUCUAUUAACAAUGAAGAAACACGCACUGGUCGUAAAUCAAGUCGCGUACCAGCUGACAGUGCUGCAAAAGCAUUAGAAGAUCCUGAAGUUAGGGAAAUAUUCUUCAACCACCUUCAAAAUCUACAAGAAGUCACCAGAGGCUUUAUGCAAGCAAUCACGGAGGCAGUUGAUGAUGUUCCUUAUGGAAUUCGUGUUAUUGCUCUUGAACUUAAUUUGCGACUAGAAAAUUCAUUCCCCAAAGAGUCAAGAGAGUAUAUCACCAAAGUCAUCGGUAACUUUAUUUAUUACAGAUACCUCAAUCCAGCCAUUGUUGCUCCUGAACAAUACGAUGUAACCGAAUCAAUAAUUACUCCUAUGCAACGACAGAAUCUUGCAGAGGUUUCCAAAGUUCUUCACAAUAUUUCGAGUGGAAAGCUGUAUGACGUAGCUGAUCAUCUUUCCCCUUUAAACCGAUUAGUGCAAGAUGCUUCACAAAUGUUCUCUGAAUGGUUUUCGAGAAUUAUGGAUGUAAAGGAUCCAGAAACUUUCUUUGGCAUCGAUCAACUUGGGGACCAGACUAGCGUUAGCAAACCAAUUGUGUGUAUUACUCCAAGUGAGUUAUUCCACCUACACCGAAUUCUUCAGGAUCACACAAAGUAUAUCAUACCCGAGGAACAGGGAACCUUGUAUGACAUCCUUCAAGAUCUCGGACCAGCUCCGGAUAGCCAAAAUCGCAAUGUGUCUGAAGGCGCUACCCUGACUCUUCGCCUCACUAGCCGUCUAGACACCCUUUCUAAGAACCCUGCUUCACAACUUAAACAGAUGUUGGAUAAUGCCAAGCGUAUUGUUAUACAUGUAUUGAGAAUCCAGUCUGGUGCUGACUUAUAUACUAUCCUCAAUACUCCUGUCGAAGUUGAGCAUGAAUACAUGUGGACUGAAUAUAGAGAGGUCGAGUUUCCUGAGUUUUUAGAUAAUGGCUCAGCUGUGAGCAAGAAGAGAUAUCUAAAGGUUGAUAAUUCAGGCCUAAUUAUGGACAUCAAAAGUCUUACUUUUAACCAGCUAAAAAACAUUGCGAAAGGGUUUAUUGACCUCUUAGAGAAGUCUGGGGCCUUUGAAACAAAUGAUACCUGUCAAGAAUUGAUAAAUAUGAUUGCUAAUGAUAUUACAAAUAAGAACUCCCGUCGAGCUAAACGAGAUGAACAGAUCCAAACUAUGCGGCGCACAUUAGACUGUCUGGUGAAGAAGCAGCAGUAUCUCCGCGAUCAAGGUGCACAGUACGAAGGUUAUUUGAAUGGUUGUUUAACUGCCAUGGCUGUGAAGCGAGGCAAAAAAUCUCGUUUUGUAUUUCCCUUUACUCGCCAAUACUUUCACAUCCGAGGGCUUCAGCGUCAGGGCCUUGUUCCAAAGUAUGGGUCUUACAAGUAUACUGCAAAGCAGCUGUAUGAUAGAGGGAUUAUUGUUUCAUUGGGUGACAUCCCGGAAAAGCAUUUUGAGCGCGUUCCUAUUAUUCUGUCAAUGGACAGAGCAGGAAUUGUGGUUAUUGAGGGAAGUUACUCGGCAUGGGGUAUUCAUUCAGUCCAGGUGGAUAUGAGAUAUGAGGAUCUGUUACAAGCUCAAUAUGAUGGUGUGCAAACAACGUCUGUGCUCGAUGGUGCUGGAUUGGUGAACGUCAAUCUUUUGAUUCAUCUUAUCAACAAAAAGUAA